UAUGCUACUAAUUUACUAUCUGUAUCAGUAAAUUAGUUUUUAUGCGAUUGUAGGAAAAACUGGUAUGGUAAUUUUUAAUGAAAAAAAUCUUGAUUUGUAUAAAGUUAUUUACAUCUUGUGCUGUAAAUCUUUAGUGUGUUAAAAUGGGUGAUGGACAAAGUGAAACUCAGCCACUUUUAAAAGACGAAGAGGAGAAUGUCAGCACAAUCUCGCCGAUUGGGCCCGAUGAGCUCCCUCCGCCGUAUCAACAGGCAGGCAUGCCAAUGGUUACCUGUCGUGUGUGCCAAGCUAUGAUAGAUAUCUCUGGCAAAAGAGAACAACAUGUUGUAAAAUGUUCUGAUUGCAAUGAAGCAACGCCCAUUCGAAACGCUCCACCCGGGAAGAAGUACGUUCGUUGUCCUUGUAACUGCUUGUUGAUAUGCAAGUCUUCAUCGCAGCGUAUUGCCUGUCCCAGGGCGGACUGCAAGAGGAUCAUUAACCUCGCGCCGUCCCCUGUGACGCCACCGGUACCAACCCUACCUGGAAUGUGCAGAGUAAUCUGUGCCCAUUGCCAAGACACUUUCCUAUAUCAACUUCUGAAAAACGCGCCAGUUAGGUGCCCGCACUGCCGGAAAGUUUCAUCGGUGGGCGCCCGCAUGGCCCGAAUGCGGGGCAUCUUAUUCGCGGUCCUCGGUCUCAUAUUCCUUGCCAUAGCGCUGGGUGUGACGCUCGGAACGCUCUCGGCGGCUCAGACGCACGGCGGCGGCGUUUACGUAGCGUACGUCGGAGCCUUCCUCGUAGCGUUCAUUCUCUGCAGCCGGGCCAUUUACUACUUCGCUAUGAAAGUCAGCACGAUCGAGGGGCCCAUGUAAGAUCAUUGACGGAUCGCCGUUCGGUUCUUGUGAUAGUAUGACUAGGAAAUAUCUCGAUUCCAUAUUGCAUUCUGUAUACACAUAUUUUAUAGGAUUCGUUAGAAAUGUGUAACCAUUAUAUUGAAUGUGAACUGUGUUAUUUUGUUUCAAAUUGAUUUUAUGACAAUUAUGUAGGUUUGUAUACUUUAAACUCUAUAGAUAGUUGCAUGUAAUUAUAUGAUUUUAUAACCUUGACUGUUACCGAAGUAAAUCGAUUGGUAAUCUUAACGUGACCGGUAUGCAUUCCGAAAUUGAAACUAUGUUAAAUGAUGUAUGUCACACGGCGGGAGUAGAAGUCUAUAGUGACUACUUGAUAUUAUAAAGAGUAUUUGUUUUUGUAAAAUUGUACAGUUUAAAACGAAUUAAUACAAAAACGUUACAAAAAUGGCAAAUUACUCUUGCUGUAAUCUCGGUUGACGAAUUUGACAAAACACACUUAACAACUAUUUUAUAUUAUGUUGUAGAUUUAUUUUAAAAGUAUUUACAAGAGAGUUAUGUAAGUUGAAGGGCGCGUAAAAUAAAUUUAUAAACUAGUUUUAAUGCUUGCACAUAACCUUACAUAGAUUUGAUGUUGUUUUAGCUUAAAUUAUCGAAAUGUUGAAAAUGUACGAUUUAACUAACGAUAUUGAUUGAUAACGCAUGUGAAGUAGUAUCAAAAUGAAAGUUAGUAGUUAACAGUGACGAUUUGGAUAUUAAAUAUUUUUCGUUCAUAAUAAAUGUACAGUCAAAUAUUAUAUUCCUAUGUAAGCCUUCUCUUAAGAAUUA